CCUAUCAGUUUCACUACUAGAACAUCCAAUAACCUGUUGAAUGUAGGGCGAACGGUAACACGCGCCAAACGGGGCUCGACCACUGAAUUUUGCAGCCAGUGUUGUUGAGUUGGCUUUGAGUUGCACACGCAUAUCGGCUGUUAGGUUAACUCCCCGAUCCACAAGGAGGGAGGCCGCCGUUGACCGCGUUUGGGCUCGCCAGCUCACGCCUGGGGCCCGAACUUAGCUACAAUGAGCGGGCUCAUAAACCCCUUUGCCGAUGAGGAACCGGCACAAGACAAGGGUUUCAACUUCUACAGCGACCCACUAGCGGCCUACAGCUCUGCCCCCCGGGCGGGGCCGCCGCCGCCGCCCAUACGGCCGCCGCCAGCGGGGCCCGACGGGCACGUGCCGCCGGGGGGACCACCUUCCGUGUCGGGACGUGGCGGCCCGCCACCGCCCAUGGCGCCGUACGGCGGGUACGGCGGUUACGGCGGCGGACGAGGUCGCGGCGGUUAUGGCGGCGGCGGCGGCUACGGUGGCGGCUACGGCGGGAGGUAUGGCGGGCCGCCACCUCAGCAAUUCGGUGGCGGGCGUGGCGGCGGCGGCGGCGGCGGCCGCUUCGGCGGGUACGGCGGUGGCGGGCCGGGCGGUUGGGAGCAGGGGCCAGGCUACGAGCCGGGCGGGGCCGGGGGAGGGGGCGCGCCCGGGCAGGGCUGGGGACACCAGCUGCCGCAUAGCUUUGCUGGCGGCGGCGGCGGUGGCGGCGGCGCCAGGCCCAACAAGUGGGUGCGGACGGAGGGGCCGCAAGGCGGCGGCGUCGCCGCGCCUGAAGGCGGCGACUUCCCUGGAGAUCCAGGGUCAGGGCCCGGGGCAGGGCUGCCGGGGGCUUUCCCAGGCCGCGGCGGCGGCCGGGGGCACCCGGUUUACUCCAGGGGCGGCGAGGGGAGAGGCGGCGGUGGUGGCGGCGGGCGGGGCGGCCGCGGCGGGCGGGGCGGCGGCCACCACGGCGGCGGCCAUGCCGGCGGCGGCGGCGGCGACGGCGGCGAUGUUGCGCCUGGCGCCAUGGGGUCGUACUACAAGCCCUCGUUCAGCGGUGACCCCUGGGCCGCCCUGACGCCGCGGCCGCUGCAGCCGCUGGACGGCCUCGGCGGCGGACUGCUGGGGGGCGGCGGUGGCGGCGGCAGCGGCUUUGGGCAAAGAGGUGGCUUUGGAGGAGUAGGAGGAGGAGGAGGAGGCGAUGUGGGUUUUGGGCAUGGUGGUGGAGGGGGUGGACCAGGGGCUGACGCGGAGCAGCAGCAGCAGCAGGGGGUGGUGGAUGCACGCAAGGUGGUGGCGGGGGGUGGCAGCUUGGCGGACAUAUUCGCGGAGGGGGCGGGCGAGGGCGAGGGCGAGGGCGGGGAGGGCCGGGCGAGCGCGGAGGGGGCGCAGGACCGGCCUUGGCACUAAGUGACGACACGGGUGGGGCAGCAGGAGUGCGCGAGUGGCAAUGGGCAUUCGAGAGCGCGGGCGUCACCUCAGCGGUGCAGGUGCGGUUGUGUCGGACCUCUUGGAGGAUGGGUGGAGGCAGCGGCGGGGUUACUGGUUGCCGCCGGGUUGCUGACCUUGUGAGGGUUCUAGGGUCAAGUGGACUUUGUGGCGGUCCUCGCAGGAGUUGAACAGGCGGUUUUGCACCCCGCCCGGCUUUGUGCAGCCUGUUGCACAUUGUGUGUGACUGCUUCAAGCUCGUUGGCAAGAGUUCGCGACACGCUAGUCGCGUCCUUGGUGGUUCGUUCCGGUCAUGUCUGCUGCGGUCCGCCGCGACAUGUGGGCUCCAAACGACCACGCGCUCGGCUCGCCGAUCCGACCAGGUCUUUUCCAUCAAUAUUUAACCCUCAA